AUGGAAAUAAACAAUCUCUCUGAUCACUGUCUUUCGUCGACGGACAGUGAAAUUACAAGUGAGCCUAAACAUCAACCAUCAUAUGAACAACAUAGUACACAUUAUACAUCACUAUCGGAGAACUUUAUCGAUGAUGAAGACAAAACUUCACUGAAAGAGAUCGCACAGUCAACUAUGACGGAAAAGGAUCUUCCCUUAAAGUCAGAUUUUCAAACAUCGAAGAAAUCGAAGAAUCCUAGACUUAGAUCAUUUCUGCAACCGCGAACCUGGCCUAAUCCAUUUGUACAAGGACGAAACAAUGAUGAAAACGCUGAUUUUUACAAAAUCUUUAGUAUUCUUUAUGGAUUAGUCGUGUUCAUUGGUGGUGUAGCUUUUUCAAUCUCACAUGCAUUGAUUCCACGAGAACAAGGAGAAAAUAUUAAGCAUUUGGCUGCAAUUUACUUUACAUACCUGUAUUGGGUAUCCAUUGCAUGGAUUGUAUUCUGUAUUAUUGACAUUGUUCGUCAUAAACGCAAACUACAUAUUCAUCUGGCAGGUAUCAAUAAACUAGAUUCAAAUCGUAUGCCAAUGAAUAUCUUUUGCAAACAUCACGAUGGAAAACUUGCCCCUAUGCCGCAGUUUAAUUUGGAACUGAUAAAUCAUUCGGACAAUGAGGAAUCCCAUUCAAACAAAUCAACGUUAGACGACGAUAGCCAAUCAUCAGAUGGUUUAUCAAGUCUAAUGGCAAGACCACGUAAUGUUCUCAUGAGACGACAAGUUUUAGAUCCAACUGGCACGCAUACAUUGAGAAAUUAUGUAUCACAUCGAAAAGAUACAAUUGUACAACGAAUAAUUGGAUAUAAUUAUGAUGAUCAUUCAACAGCUGGUGGUCUGUAUAUUCGUGUUGGUACUGGAAUCUUCUGCUUGGGAACGGUCAUUCAUUCAGGCUUAUCAAUCUUAAGUAAUCUGGAAAUCUUAGCUUGUGCACGAUGGACGACUGUCAUGGAUGACUUUUCCAGAUUAUUAUUUAGUUUUAUUCAAUUUUUCUUCAUUUUCAAGCAUUCAAAUUUAAUCAUACGAGCCCAUGAAAAUUUUGCACGUUUAGCUGUCAUGCAUGUCGUAGUUACAAACUUAUGUGUUUGGUUUCGUAUGGUCGUCGUCGAAACCAAAUCUCAGAUAUUGGAAAUGAGUGCUCACGAAAUGGCUACUGGACAAAGUAAACCUGCUGGAAUGAACAACAACUAUUCCUUGAAAUACAGUCAGAACAUUAUCAAUCAAUUUCAUUGUACACAAGCAAUAGAAGAUACUAUUUUGAUGAAUGCUUACAUUAACGAAGGGUAUAUGAAAUUGAAACCAUUGCUCUAUCCAUGUACGAUUGAAUUUAGUCUCAUGUGUUUGACACUAUUUUUCCUUAUCUGGGAAAAUAUUGGUAAAACAUUCUCGUACAAAAUGUCGGAUAAAGCAUCAACGAAGAACGUCUUCAUGGUCAACUGUCAUGCAUCAAUCAAAGGUCUAUUUGCUGGAAUGAUUAUCUUCUCAGGUACGGUCAUAUCCGUCAUACUCUAUGCCGUUUUCCGUAAUAAAAUCGGUGACGACAUCAACCCUGUACUACCUAUUAUUGAAUCAACAACAGCUAUUGUACCCUAUCGAAAUCGAUCAUCGCUAACACCAUCAGCUCACGGGCCAUUUACUUCGAUAUCCAAAACACCAAAGAAACUUCUCUACAGUAUUGCAAUCAUCGAAAUCGUCAAUUUAUGUUUGAUCAUUAUUUCAUUGAUUGCAACUAUAUGGGCACUGAUCAAAAUACGUAAACUACAAUACCGACGAAUAGCAACACGCUUUGAUAAUGUUUUAAUCAUUGUAUCAUUGACUGGUAUUUAUUUAUAUUCAAUCUUUAGUGCAUUUGCAUUGCUUAACAAUCCCAACUCUGCCACAUGGAUUGCAUAUGUUAAAAUCAUCAUUGUUAUUCUAGAGUUUAUUGAAGGUACAAUUCAUGCAUUCUUUAUACUCGUUGCAUUGCGCAAGCGUCUUCAUCGUACUAGUAAAAAUGAAUAUCCUGCACGUGAAGUAAUUACUCUAUUGAUCAUGUUGGACUUGAGUUUGUGGUUCGAAGAAACUACUACAACAACAAAACAUGAAGCGAAUCCAUUUCAGUUAGCUUUCUAUCAUGUUAUACCAUGGUCCAUCAUUGCAGCAAUUGCAACGCCACUGCAAAUCUUCUUUCGUUUUCAUGCUUCUGUAUGUCUUUCACAUGUAUGGGAGAAUAUGUAUACUUUACCAGCUUCGGAGCCAGUUGCUCCUCAUGGCUUAUGA